AUGUACAAGGCCGUCAUCCUGCCGACGCUACUGUACGGAGCGGAGACCUGGACGGUGUACACGAGGCAGGCACGUCGACUAAACCACUUCCACCUCAGCUGUCUCCGCCGCAUCCUGAGGCUGAACUGGCAGGACCGCAUCCCCGACACGGAAGUACUGGAACGAACGGGAAUUCUGAGCAUCUACUCCAUGUUAAGACAAAUGAAGCUGCGCUGGAGCGGCCACCUGGUGCGCAUGGACGACGAGCGACUACCCAAACGACUCUUCUACGGAGACGUCGCGACGGGUUCUCGUCGUCAAGGAGGCCAAAUUCGCCGUUACAAGGAUACUCUGAAGUCCUCCCUGAAGCGCCUGCACAUCAACCCGACCAACUGGGAAGAGCUCGCCCGCGAUCGUCCGACAUGGAGGAGAGCAGUGAAGACGGGCGCUGCUAUCUAUGAAGCCAACCGCAUCGCCGCCGCCAAAGUGAAACGCGAAGCCCGCAAAUCACAACUUCGCCCAAUACGCAACGCCGCCGCACAACCUCUCCCUACGUGUCCUCGAUGUCAACGGACAUUCCGGGCACGAAUCGGACUUGUUGGACAUCUUCGAACCAACUGCACCUCUCGAACUGCUCCAGCCAUCGUCCCCCCGCCCGCCUCUUCCUCGUCCUCUCUGCCGCCAACAAACUCUGACACUCCUCCUUCACCACCACUUCCAUCCUCCACCUUCUCCUCCACUGCCCCAGCGGCGGCCGUUCAGAAUGCCGUCUCACACAUCGCCAACCACGACACAAUAACCGCAACCACCCCCACACCUCCCGAUUCCAGUGAUGAGGAUCAGGACUACACCUGCCCUCACUGUGACCGCACCUUCACCUCACACAUCGGCCUGGUCGGUCACUUGCGAAUCCAUCGCACAGAGACUGGCGAACCAGUGCCUGGAGCACCAACCUACGCUCACCGCACUCGCCUUCACUGCCCACACUGCCUUCGCACCUUCAGGCAUCGCAUGGGUCUAUUCGGCCACAUGCGCAUCCACGAGAGCGGAAUUGACCACAAUUCCGAUACAGCCACGCCAUCCAACACAUCCACCACGCCCCGACCCAUCCUCGCUCCACCGUCGCACGCGCCGACCACCACCACCAACACCACUGCUUCCUCUACAGCUGACACAGACACACACACACACGACGACAGUUCGACCGUCGAUUUCGACGAUGUCCACCGUGUGCCCCACAGCUGCAGCAGCGGUGGGAGCAGGGACGGUGACUUACGCAGGGGUUUAUAG